AUGCCCCAUGUUACCAGACAGCUUCGUCUUCUUUGGGAUGGCAGGAUGGUUCGACUUCUCUUCAGUGAGCUCUAUGAACAAGAUGGCUUAAAUGCCACUAGCCAACCAACUCAUCCUCAAGGUGGCGUAGAGGUGCGAACCUCAACCAAUACCACUCUAGUCCAAUCGCAAUCAGCAAUUGAGGCUGGCCGUUUAAGCAAAGCCAAUCCAACCCGAACCUCUAUUAUUUCUCCUGUUCUUGGUCAAGCUGAUGCGAUGACUGCUCCCUCGUUCAAAUUCUACUCUGGCCCAAGUAGUUUGUCUUUAUUGGUUGAUAAUUAA